AUGCAGGAAUUUUUAAGAACAUGUGAGGCAUGCAUAGAGAGACGAUUUGGUGACCUAGCUACACAAGGAGAUUUAUUCUGUAUCCAGGAGACUCCAAGCCUUCAAAAGCCUCGGAGCCAUGUUAGAACCUUGAUAUAUCAAACAUGGCCUAUUGUCAAAUAUUCUGUAAACGUCUAUUGCUGUCUCUGUCUUUUAGGGCUUAUGUCUGGAUUGACGAUGGGCCUGCUCUCAUUGGAUAUUUUGAGUUUAAAGGUUCUUCAAAGAGGAGGGAAGCCAUUAGAGAAGAAACAUGCCAGUAAAAUUUUGCCAAUUGUAGAAAGACAUCACUUGCUUCUGGUCACCCUUUUGUUGGCAAAUGCUGCAGCAGUGGAAUCCAUGCCCAUUUUCAUGGACAGGAUAUCCAGUCCUAUUAUUGCCAUCUGUGUUUCGGUUACUGCUGUGCUGUUUUUUGGAGAGGUUGUCCCUCAAGCCUUAUGUACCCGUUAUGGCCUGGCAAUUGGUGCAACAUUUGCACCGUUUGUGAAAGUGUUGAUGGUGUUACUGUUUAUCGUUGCUUGGCCCAUUUCCAAGUUGUUGGACUGUCUGCUCGGACAUGAACACUCUACAUUCUUCAGGAGAGCAGAAUUACGAGAACUUGUUGAUCUUCACAGAGAGUCAACAGAUGCAAAUGAGGAUCCUUUAAGAGAAGAUGAAGUUAUGAUUAUACAGGGAGCACUAGAAAUGAGAAACAAAACAGUUGAGGAUAAGUACACACCCCUGGACAAAGUAUUCAUGGUGGAAGCAAAUGGCAAACUAGACCACGAAACAAUGAGAGAGAUCAGCAGAAAAGGUCAUUCACGUGUGCCAGUGUUCGAGGGAGACAAAGGAAACAUUGUUGGACUCUUAUUUGUCAAGUCUCUUAUCAUGAUUGAUCCUGAUGAUGCCACACCCAUUAAGGACAUUUAUAAAGCAGGUUCUUUUCUGAAAUCAUCAACAACUGAACCACUGUUUGAGUUGCUGGACAAGUUUCAGACUGGACGAAGUCAUCUCUGUGUUGUGUAUAAGACACAAAUAGACGAAGGUAAUCAGGUGCAAUCGCGAGUGGUUGGCAUCAUAACUUUAGAGGAUGUGCUAGAGUUACUAAUACAGGAAGAAAUUUGGGACGAAUCAGACAUAACUCGAUCUCGCCCUAAUGUGCAAAGACAGGUUUCUCUUGCGAAAGCUAAGAUGAAGCGAAUGAAAUCAGUAGACGGUGAGAGAGGACGAGGACCACUCAGUCCAUCCUGUAUCCAGCAACCAGAGGAGGCUUUGCCGAGGACAUCUGAGACCACAAGUGACACUCAGCCCCUUCUGGGAGACAGCCGGAUACAGAGAUUUUGAUUGCACGAUCACAAUCGAGUGCUAUUAUUCCACGAGUUUUGAACGUGGAAUACCACGCUGCUCUUAAGAAAGUUUCAAUUCUAAAUUCCAAUUUGCUUUCUCGGAAUGACUUCUAUACGCAGACUGGUAUCGUAACGGACUCGGUACGAUUUUGCAGGUAGAUUGUUCGUGUUUAGCGCGUAUACAGUGGAAUCCCAAUUUUUCGAACCUCCAAGGGAAACGAAAAUAGUAGUAGUUGAAGAAAUCGGUGGUCAAAUGACAGUGUUCGACUUAGUGGAGGGAAACGACUUUUGAUUUGUGUUAUCGAAAGGUUCGAAAAAUCAAGUGCUCGGGAUUCCACCUUGUGGUGAUCUCUUCCCAGACUCGUACCCACUCGCUAUUUACGUGUUUUGGGGAGAGAAGAUUGGAUACUAGGGUGGAUUCACGCGGGGUGGGGUUUCCAGGGAAGGGUCCUUUUCCGCGCGCUCCACUCGAACCAGACCGCUUUCUCUUUGUAACAGUUCAAUCUGACCCGCAAAUAGCGACUGGGUACAAGCCUGAUCUCUUCCCUUUUUUCCUCUCCCUUUCCCUUCCCACUUACCAACUUACACACAUACACGCUCUUGAAGUCUUAGCUCGUCCAUGUUUCUUUUAUCCUCAUUGCCUCUAAUCUAAAAUGUACAAAUUACAAGAACUGUCUUUGAUUGGAUGUUAUUCUAACUUUUGGUAUAGAUAACGAAAAUAACAUGCAUGUUGUGUUUGGUAAAUAGCUAUGGACUAUUUUCGUCAACCCCUAGUAGUCCUUUCAUAACAGCAAUAUAUCACACUUGUCAUUGGUAAUGUAGCAGACACUCACUUAUGAGCGAAUCUGAAUGGUUCUCUCAUCAGACUACUUAACAUUAGAUUAUGAGCUCGAGAUUUCUCUGAGGUGAGAGGACCUCAUAGACUGAAAUUUCGAACUCAGAAUCGAAUUGUUUUAGUGGAAUUCUAUCUAAAUUUCCUUCGAAUAACGAUUUCCAAUCAUUUCUCAAUAUAGAGUUUAUGCUUUAGCAACAUUGCGCCGAUUAUAUUAUUAUUUAAAACUUGCAGUUGAUCAAAUGCGUUCAUCGGCUCAUUGCUAAGUCGCAUAACGGUCAGUUUCCUUUCUUUAGUGUUUAUUUAUCCAGUAAUAUUUCUAAAUCGUCAUCGAAACGUAACAGAAACUAGAAAACGUUGCCAUUAUGUUGAAGACAUCUAGCCACUGCACUCUUUUGGCUGAUAGUAUACGAGUAGCCCAGCCAAUCAGAUUGCAGCAUUUGUAUUAGUAUAGUAGUAGAAUUCUACUUAUCAGCACCAGACCACCAUCGUGCUCGCGCGCGUUUCCUUCAGAAAGGGAAUAAUGUAUUCUUGAUUUUUAGAAAUAACUAAAAUGAUAGUUUUCCAAUUGCUAUCUGUUACAAUGUCAACUAAAGCAAUUACACAACUCGCCCUUGCUUUUUACGAGCACUAGUCAAUUCUGCUGCGCACAUGUUUUAAUUCAGCCACCACCCCCCUUACCUCCCGCACCGCAAAAUCCAUGGUUGAUUUAUUCCUUUACCAAAGAGGUCCCCUCGUUUCUCGAUUAUUUAAAUGUUAAAUAGGAAUAAAUAAGAAUAUAAAAAAAUGUCCUUCCUUUUUUGGCUAAUCGCUGAAUUUGGCAAAUCAUAAGCCGUGAAAUUUAACGAUAUGUCCCUUGUCAGUAUCACGAUUUGAACUAGCGAGGUAUAAAAAAAGAAAACAUUGAAUAGGUGAAUAAAAGAUUUCCAAAAAAUUGAA